CCCGCAUUAGCGCGCUCAAUAAUAAGGGAGGGAGUCCAUCAGAGGCAGUUGUUUCCGUUCAGUUUCCUACAAUCAGUGCGUAAGUGGGUGUGUCAAAUGUAGGGUAGGCUAGUGCUUGGGUACACACUGAAAAUAGGAAAAAGUUAAUCAGGAGUUUAGUCUGAAACCCGCCCCGGACUACCAGGAUGGCUGUCUGGACACGAGCGGACAAAAAUGGUCAAUUAGACCUUUUGCUCCGGGACCGCUGGAUUCGGGUAGCGGGCGAAUUGACCAGCGAGACUUUCACAUUAACGGCGGAAGCAGAGAUAAGCGGGCACAGGAACAACUUGGAUUGCAACAAUUCAGCGGACCUACGAAAUGGAAUGUCAAACGGAAACGACCCAUGGUUAGCGUCUGGAAUUUCGAACCGUGGUCAAACCUCGAACCAAGAACAACAUCCGAACCAUGGUGCGCUAGGACGAAGCGGUAGCCCAGCGAGCGGGGGCACCAACAGGGGUCACUACGAAGGUUUUAGCCCUGGCUCUAGCAAGUAUAAUCGUGAUAACGGUACGAACUCAGAUUUGGGCAGCCCAGGGUCCAGUUACGGUAGUCCUGGAUCUAGCUUCAGUUCCAGGCAUGGCGAAACGUACAUCAAUUUAGAAUCCAGCGCAUCGGAAGCUGUGCGUAAAGUUCGAGUUGUAAAACAAGAGUCGGGCGGGUUGGGGGUCAGCAUCAAGGGGGGUCGGGAAAACCGAAUGCCCAUCCUCAUAUCCAAGAUCUUCCCCGGACUUGCAGCUGAUCAGAGUCGAGCUCUUCGGGUCGGCGACGCGAUCCUCUCAGUCAAUGGAAACGACCUAAGGGAGGCCACGCAUGAUCUAGCGGUGCAGGCUCUAAAAAAGGCUGGGAAAGAGGUUACGCUUGAGGGUAAGUUUUCAAACGCGAUAGCGGGGAUUUGGGAAGGCCAGUCAGUCUGACAGCUGUCUCAACUAGGCCUAGUAGCCUAAUCAAUGUGUGCAUUAUAGCCAAAUAAAACUUUAUUCUGCCCCGUUCUUAGAAUAUUAAAUUAUUUUUCUAGUACAUUGCCAGACUACAGCACAUAGCUAUAGGCUACAAUGUAACCAGUUCACAAUCCACUGACACUCAUUAGGCCUAUUGUAAACCGCAAAGUAAGCACAGUGGUUACAAAAUUAGCUACAUUGUAUAUGUGGUGGUGGAUUAUUUUAGAUAAGAAGUCAUUGUAGGCUAAAACAGUUAAUAAUCAUGUUUGUGUGUUCUUAUAUUGAUUUUAAAAGCACUUUGGUGUGAAGCCCCGGGGGUUGGAAACAACUAGUCGGGGCUGAAAUGCACUGUGUGGUGGUUAGGCUUAAUGUUUUGGGAAUGAACCCUGUAUGAAUACUGAGUAAGGUUGGGUGUAGAGAGUUGGUUUAUGUGACGCAGUUUGUCUCAUUUAGUUAGUCAAAUGAGGUCUCACUAUAACCCCCAAAAUAAAGUAGGCUUAAUCUUUUCUGCUUCUCAUCUCAAAUAGGCCUAAUAGUCCUAAAUAAGAGUUUGUGUAAUCUCUGUCUCUCCAUUGAGGAACCAAGGAUUUUGUUUAAGGAAUGUGCCAGUUCCCUGUCACUGUUUGUUAGACUGACAGGGAGUGAGUUGUGGUGUUAGUGAAAAGACCCCCAUUCCAAUCUGUCUGCAUUUUCCUCCUCAUCCUCUGAAGAUUCCCAUAGGCCUAACCACAGACAGACAAGGUCGAAAUGAGAUUUCAAUUUCCAGACCACUAUGUAAUGUACACAAUACAUAAACCCUAGACAUUAGGGCAAUUAGUGACUUCACAUUUCUUAACCAGGUUGCGUCCAAGACCUGCAUAAAACUCUCACACAGGCAUGAAUGUUGUGUUUCUAAUAAAUACAAUAGCUACUUUAUUUAUAUUUUCCUAAUAAAUAUGAGCUCACAGUAAUGGAAAUGUAAUAACUGAAUAACAUUAGUCAAUUGGAUCAUGGCUGUCUUGUUUAGUUUGCGUGCUUAUUGGUGGAUAGAGGAGGAGACUUCCUCCGGUUAAAAGGAAUAAUAAAAAUAGUACAAAGAGACAGACUAGUCAUAAAAUGGGGACAGGCCCGAUUAGAGACAGUUAUUUUCUGUUGUUCACAAACCAAAACUUACUGACCAAUGACCAUUGAACAUUUCACUUGAGUCUGCAAUGCACUAUGAGUCAAAGCAUCAAAAAGGCCACCACAUAUAGAAGUAUGUUCAUGUUGUAACACUACAAUUUUUGAUUAAUAUCAGUGGAACAAGCACAUUUGCUCUCCUCUCUCCCUCUCUCAAGUUGUCUGUCUGUAAACAGAAAUGGAUAUCCACAGAAAUAUCUGUUUGUGUGAUUCAUUGCAGGGACAGUGUAGCAGCAUGCACACUGUGUAUAACGUUUGUGUAAAAAUAUCCACAUACUGGAUAUAUACACUGUUUCCACUUAUUGCCAUGCCCUCCUUUUGUGAUCCAGGUCAGAGUGAAAAGAGGCGAGGAAGGGGGCAGGUUUGUGUGUUUGAUGGGGAGCAGCAGAGGGGGACUUUUUUUAGUUGGGGGCAGGUAUGUAUAUUUGAGGGGAGCUGAGGGAGCCUCUCCAGAACCUUCUACAAACCCCCUCCCCAUCUGGGGAGUCUGACACACUGUUCUCAUUAAAGGCCUGGCAGCACACAGUCUGAGGCAGGGUGGGGAGAAAGGCAUUAGUGGGGAGGAGAGGAACGUGGAGAUGGACAAACCACAGGGGGAUUUUGGUCAGAAGAAAAACAGUGGUCAGGGUCUGGGGUGUAGCCGGGCACAUAAAGCAGUACCCGGGUGAAGGCUACAAGGAGAGAAGAGCAAAUGUGUGCAUGAUCAAACCAUGGGGAAGGGAAGGGGUUGCACAACAGUGCAUGGAUUUGAACCACAACUCCUUCAGCCAAAUAAUAAGUUGGAGUCAGUCAGAUUCCCCCAGCUCUCCCCUUCCUCCUCUGUCUCAUUCCUCUGCAUUGCUGUGGGCAUAGAGGUAUGGAGGGAGUGAGAAAAAAUUAGCUCUAGCUAUGUGUGAUGGCACCUCAUCCCUUUCCCUCGAACACACACACAGACACAUAUACACACACACACCUCUGUGUACUGCCCUAAUUAAAAGCAGAACGGGAGCUGACAGUUCUAAUGAGAUCUUUAAACAGCACCACAGAGGGACAGCAAGAGCAGCUUCUGGAACCAACUAUCUGACGCCCAACUUUUCACAAAGUUUUAACGCCAUGGUGGGACUGGGACAAACCUUUUCCUUGUUUAGUUCAACAGAAAACACUGCCAUAAAACACAACUGGCCCAAACUGCAGUCUGCACUCACUCAAGCAGUGUAUUGACAAAUGGAGAUGUUGUGGUAAGCCUCCAACAUGUAUCUUUCCUCUGAGUGCGAGCCAGUGUCAUAAAGUUUUUUUGUCACCUAUACCUCAACCUGUGAUGGCUAAAGCGUAUCCGUACAGAUGUACCAGAGCUACAGUACAGUGGGGACGGAGGAAUGCCACAGAGACCGAGCCUGUCCUUAAACGUACCAUGACAUUUAUAACCACACUGGAACACUGCAGUGAUGUUGUGGCUGGAAGUCUUGACUGAGCAUCUUUACAGUAAAUCUAUUAAUUACAUUCAAUCUAGAGUUGUCAUUCACUACUCCUCACAUUUCUGCACAACUUCAUGUGGCUGUGUAUAUUGGUCAUAUGACACUGUCAGUGAGUGUAAUAUGUACUUUGCUCCAUCAGGAUUGCGCUGUAUGACUGUAGGCAGCUCUGCCCAUCUUGAUCUCUUCAGGGUUGGGGUUGGGUGGUUUCUGGUCAUGCUCUGGCCCAUGUCCAGAAGGCCAGCCACUUCCUAAAACAUUUGCAUGCACGCACACACAUACACUCCAAAAGACUUGAAUAAGCAGAAAUAUAUUCACUGACACUGUUAGUAAGAGCAGUGUGGUUAGCAGGGUCUUGGAAAUAGGUUCUAAUCCUUGGCCCAGUGCCUUACCUCUACCAUUACCUCCCUCCUUCUGUCAAAUUACACACACACACACACACACACACACACACACACACACACACACACACACACAGUCCGCCCAUACUUAUACUAACAGAUAUUUGGGCCAAUUACUUUCACAAGCCUAAUCCUCGCCUACAUCCAACAAUGACCUUGUCUCUUGAGCUACUCGUGUUGAAUUUCUCAGUCAGAGCAGCGCGACCUAGGGGACUGGAGAAAGAGAGAGGGAAUGGAUGAGUGGUGGAAUGGGCCACGGGACCAAAUUUGGAAACUGAAUCCAUGAUUUCAGUCAAAACUAUUAUUCUCCAAGCAGGCGACCUGCCAAGCACACAACUGUACCACCAACUCCUACUCAGAGUAACUCAACAAGCGACUAAUAUGUGCUUAUAAGACAUUUAUUACUCUUUUAAUUGAGCAUUGUAACUUUUUCAACCACUGUCUGAAAUAUAUGAUCAAUCUUGUGUUGCUUUUGGACACACUUUUUUACAGCUUGAGAUCUAUGCAUAUUUAAUCACUGUUUAUUUUGUCUUUCUGCGUUUCUGUAGUGAAAUAUAUCAGGGAGGUUUCCCCACUGUUUAAGAAGCCGUCCUUGGUGGCAGACCUACCAUGGGAUGGGGUGCGUCCUCAAUCCCCCAACUUCAGUGGCAGUGAGGACUCGGGGUCCCCCAAACACAGCGGGGCCAAGGACCGGAAGGUCAUCCCCCUCAAAAUGUGCUUCAUCAGCAGGAACCUGACUAUACCUGACCUGGAGAACAGGUAAGGCCCACGGUUUGUGUUUGUGUGUGUGAGAGAGAGAUUGAAAUGCAGCAUAUGAGGGAAAAUACAAAAAAUCAUUGGAGUGUUGGUUUGGUAUGUUUAGUAAGAUAAUGAUAAUAAGAAUUAAUCAUUUAAAUAAAUAAUUUAUUACAUUUGUAAAUUGCUUUUCAUUAUACAGAAUAAUCUCAAAGUGCAUAAAAUAACAAAUUAAAACCAAACAGAAAAACAAUGGACACAACUAGACACUAUGAUGAUGAGGACUGUUGACUCCCACAGACUCUUGGAGCUGCACUCUCCUGAUGGCCAGCACACGGUGGUGUUGCGCUGUAAGGACAGCCCCAGCGCCCACUCCUGGUUCACAGCCAUCCACACCAACAUUGCUGCCCUGCUGCCUCAGACCUUGGCCCACAUCAACUCCUACCUGGGCUCCAGCACCACGGGGUCCCACCCCCAACUCAAACACAUCAGCUGGCUGGCAGAACAGGUACUGCACUCAUAUAGACCUUCAGAAUAAAUUACACAAACAAAACAAUAUAUUAUAAAAAAUAACUACAUUGUACAAAAAAGUACUGUAUGCUGCUGUGAAAUACACUUACGUACAGAUGCACACAUACAGUAUUGUGUUUUGUUGUUCAGUCUUGUACAAUAUUGCAUGUGUACUGUAAAUAGUGUUUAUGUUUUAUAGAUGGUCACUGUAUGCUUGUUCUGAAUUUUGAGUUGUGGUCUUUUAAAUGUGCCAUCUUAUACUGUUUGUUGUGCAAAUCAAAAUCAGAAUUUAUUUAAAGUGCAUUUCACAUGUGUCACAACACACUUUACACAUAAUUUAAAAGGACAAUAGAGAACAACAUUGAAGAAAUGGGAACAAUAGGGAAAAGAGGGGAAACAGCUGAACAAAAUUAAAGCGGCAAAUAGUCCACAGGGCAUAGCAGCAUGGGAACAAUAGUCCACAGGGCAUAGCAGCAUGGGAACAAUAGUCCACAGGGCAUAGCAGCAUGGGAACAAUAGUCCACAGGGCAUAGCAGCAUGGGAGCAAUAGUCCACAGGGCAUAGCAGCAUGGGAGCAAUAGUCCACAGGGCAUAGCAGCAUGGGAACAAUAGUCCACAGGGCAUAGCAGCAUGGGAGCAAUAGUCCACAAAGCGGGUAGCGGUGUAGUGGCGGUAUGCCAUGUUAAAUGUUUGGAUAUUGUCUGUGCAUUGUUGUUUAGUUGGCCUCGUUGGGGGUUGACAGGAAGUACUUUGAGACAGAAAACCACAGGAAGCUGCCGUUGCAUUAACUAUUUCCUCUGGGCCCACCUAACAUGACACGCAAACACAUAAACACACACACACACACACACCUACACAAACAGACGUGGAAAACCUAAUCAGUAAUGACAUAAGCAUUUUGACACUUUCUCUCAUGCUGUCUCUCUUUCUUUAUGGUGUAGGUCCAGUUGGAUGGUGGGCGGCACCAGUUCCGACCAAUCGUCAUGGCAUUGACAGAGAAAGAUAUCCUGCUGUUUGAAUCAGUGCCAUGGAACCGCGAAGCCUGGUCCACACCCCUGCUCACACACCCACUACUCGCCACAAGGUACGACAACAGGUUUGCCAGGCAGCAUUAGAAUGUAGGUUGUAUCUCUCUUUGUCUGUCUUUUUCUCUCUCUGCCUCUUUCACUCUGCGAUGUGUUGGUGUUUUGUUAUCAUAACUUAUUCACUGUUAACUUGAUAAAGAUCACUCGUGGGAGGAGCAAACGGUGAGCUGACCUUGUUUGGUGUGUACCCGUUUCUAUGUAGACUGGUGCACUCUGGCAGUGCCCGCAGUUCCCCGGCGCAGGGGGCAGACCUGGUGUUUGCCACUCGGACGGGUACAGGGCGGGGCAUCGAAUCCCAUGUGUUCCGGGUGGAGACGCACUGGGACCUGUCCUCAUGGACCCGGGCGCUGGUGCAGGGGGGGCAUUCUGCUGCAGAACUGAUUAAGGAGAUCUCCAUUGGUGAGUGGAUGUGUAUGUGUCUGUUUUUAUCAGUGGAGGAUGCUGAGGGGAGGACGGCUCAUAAUAAUAUCUGGAACGGAGCAAAUGGAAUGGCAUCAAACACAUGGAAACCAUGUGUUUGAUGUAUUUGAUACCGUUCUACCGCUCCAGCCAUUACCACGAGCCCGUCCUCCCCAAUUAAGAUGCCACCAACCUCCUGUGGUCUGUAUGUCUAACAUUGGAGAGUGGAUGUGUGUCUGUAUGUCUAACGUUGGUUUGUCUAACUAUGUAUAACUAUGUAUAUUAUUGAGUGAGGCUUUGGAAUCACAUGAUUUACUUCUCACGGUGAUACAGGAAGUGGUGACAGAAAAAAGUAAAUGUACAAAAUAACUACUGUUCAGUGGAAAUAAAGUGGGAAAAGAAGAAGGGGGAAUGUUUCCACUAACGUUGAGUCUUUUCCUUCGCUAUUCCACUGCAACACAAACAUAUUCAUAGACUUUCUCACACAGGCACAUACAUACUAUUCCAAUUACACACACACAAAGUUCUCUACCUCUCCUCUGUCCCUCAGGUUGCAUGCUGAACAGGCAGGACGUUCGCCUCACUCUUCAUUAUGAGAAGGGCUUCACUGUGACCCGGGAGCCAGGGGAGCCUGCAGUGGGCACUGUGCUCUUCAGAUACCCCUUCGAGAAGCUCAAGAUGUCCACAGACGACGGGAUCCGCAACCUCUACCUGGACUUUGGAGGUCCAGAGGGUGAAAUGGUACAUCGCUGUUGGACACAUUAGUGCAUUUCAGAGUGUAAUGGUCUAAUAGUCCAUUUAAUGUAUUGAUUUAUCUCCUGUUUUGUAUGUUUUAUCUUGUCUCUUUGUUUUUUAGGUGUUUGACCUGCACUCUGGCCCCAAGCCCGUGGUGUUUGUUCUUCAUUCCUUCCUGUCGGCCAAACUGUCUCGUCUGGGCCUGCUGACGUGAAGAGGGAAGAGGCUGGGGUCAGGAACAUAUCAAUAGAUAUUCCCAGUUUUACUAUGCAUCAUUCAUCACAAGCCUUCCAAUGUAUUUGGGCUCUUUUUAUGCAUGUACUUUGUUCUUGUCAGGUGAAUGAGUGCUUUUUGUGAAGAACAGAGUAUGUAUUUGGUCAUCUGAGUAAUAUAAAUGCGAUUGGGUUUGCAAGUUGUUGAUUGAGUGUAAAUGACUGUUGCAUUUGUGUUGGCUUUAUAGAGUGCAUGUUACCUGAAAACAGAUAAUCUAGCACAUUAUCCAAAAUGACUUAUAAUCAGGAUUGCCAACUGUGCCUUGUUACAUGUAGUCAUAAAUGCUAUUUUUAUUGUGUGUAAAAGUUAUUUGUCUUUAAAAGCUAAUAGAUUUUAAAGCAAAGUAAGCGUUCAACAUGCACAGCAAUAGUAUUAUUCUUAUAUUGUAAACAUGUUAUUUCUGUAUUGUUUUUCAGUUUAUUAUUUUGUAUGUAUAUCCUAUGCAGCAUGACUUGACUGAAGAAGUGAUCUUAUUUUGGAGCAUUUACAAAAUCACGGUGUAACACCAGUGACCCCUAUGUUACCUGCCUCAAAGUCACCCUGCCCUCCAGUAGGCUAGUCACACUGCCAAACCAUUGUCCCAUGCUGCCUAAGAACACCACUUCCCUUUACCAUUCCCUUCUGCAUUGGCCCUAAGCCAAGGCUUUCUAUUAGAGCUCAUGAUAUAGGUCAUACCUAAGCUUCUCUGCCUUUCUGCCCUCUUCUUUUUCUGUGGAAGUUCCACAUACACACCAUGCAAACAUGAGAUAUACUGUCAAUAGGCAUCCACAGUAAAGUCACUGAGCUACAAGAUGUCUAAGGGAUCUGGGUCAUGUUUUUGCCCAUGUACUCCAUCAUGGUCAUAUUACAUAAUUAAAAUAAGCAAAAUACCUAUGAAGAACAUUCAAAGAUGUUCAUUCAGCACUAUGAUAUCUGGGAAAAUAUCAUUUCAGCUGCAUUAUGGCACCUUUGUCUCAAGCCUUCUCUCUCUCUCUUCUUCAAAACAGGCUUCAGGUCCAGUUAGCAAAAGCUUUGGAUACUUUUACUAGCACAAAUAGGAUGCUAUUCUUUUGUUUUUUAUGUUUUAUCCCUGUAUAAGCUUAUCAUCUUGCUGUAUGUUACCUCUUACUCGGACCCUGCUCUACCACGUGAUCACCCAGUAUGUAAGCAGAUACUGUAAGUGGGGCCUAGUGGAUGCUGCCAAUUGUAUGUCUGAACUCUAUCCCACUUCAGUCUGUGUACUUUUGAUAAUGGACAUUUGUAGGUAUCAAUACAGAUCUGUCAAACAUAGUUUUUUAAAAUCUUUAUAUCUUUGUCUUCCAUUUUGUUUUGAGCUAUGUACUGUUAUUGCAAAGCAAAGCAUUUUUAUUUUUCAAAAAAGGGUUUUGAACCAAAGUUAUCUGUGGCAGCUUGCGUUUGACACAGUCAUUUAGCAGGACAGCAUAGGAGAAACACUGCUGCUGCAAACCUGUUGUAUGCUAAGUAUUUUGGACUUCCAAGCCUGCACUCUAAAAUAUAUAUGCAAUGUAUGAUAAUAAUGUAAUAAUCUCAAAUGUAAAUAUCUAUAAGAAUAAAACCUACUGUAACAGAUGGUUUUGUUGUCUGAUCAUUACAGUGGAAAGAACUGGUAUUAAAAAAC